GUGAAUUUAUCUUUCGAAAAUCAAUUAAAUUUAUCUUUUUUUCUAAUUAACUUUUUCUUCUAAAUGUUCACCAAUGUUGCUGAUUACUUGAAAACUGAUAAUUUAUUCUGUCACUAAUUGAGAAGUGAAAUUGUUCCCAAUCAAUCAUCUUUGUUUUUCUAACAAAAAAGACAAACACAAUUAUUUACAUGAUCCAAAUGGAUCCAAGAGUUUCUUACAUUUAAAUUAACAAAUUAAUCAGUUGACCUUGUCAAUUGACCUUUAAUUUGAUUAAUUAAUUGUCAUCGUUUAUCUGGUUAAUUAAUUUCAAAUUAACUAACAUUUUUUUUUGCAAUUUUUUGCUGUUUUAUUUUCAAAUUGUUGCGCCUUUGGUCUAUAUGGUUUCCAUUGGUUGUUACCUGUUUUGUUUUCAUGUGUUGUCAUCAUAAUCAGAAUCGUUUCUAGAAUCAUUUUAUUAAUUGUUAUUUUUUUCUCUCUUCGUUUUUUAUUUAUUAGUUUAAUUUUUGUUCUUUAAACAAGAUUGUUAUUGAUUUUGUUUCCUUCCUUUUGUGUUAAUCUUCUAGAAAAUGAAUCAACAACCAUUUUAUACUAAUUCUGGUCCAAUGCCAAACAUGGGACCUAAUAGUUAUGCAACCCCAAUGGGGGGUUACCCUAUGAACUAUGGUGGUGGAUUUCCCGGUGAUCAGUCAUUUCUUAAUCAACAAUUAGGUAAUCAUAUGGCUCAAAUUUUCCAAGACCAGGUUGCCCAAUAUUCAGAUAAUUUGGUCUCUAAGAGUAAAACUUGGGUUGGUAACAAUCUUAAGUAUUACUUUGCCGUUGAUACUGGAUAUGUUUUAAAGAAGAUACUUUUAAUAUUUUUCCCUUUCACUCAUAAGGAUUGGUCACUUAAAUAUUGUAAUGAUGAACCAAUUUCUCCUCGAGAUGAUAUAAAUGCACCCGAUCUGUACAUUCCUUGGAUGGCUUUUGUAACGUACAUUUUGGUUGUUGGUUAUCUUUUGGGUGUUAAUGAUCGCUUCUCACCGGAGCAACUUGGAAUCCAAGCGAGUUCAGCCUUGGCCUGGUUAAUCUUUGAAGUUUUGGCUACCAUGAUUAUAUUAUACUCUUUCAAUUUAACGUCAGCAUUUGGAUUUUUCCAUGUUCUUUCCUUAUCCGGUUAUAAAUUUGUUCCCAUGAUAGCAGCUCUUAUAUUAGCUUUAUUCUUCUCCUCAUUAGGCUAUUAUAUUGCCCUUGCUUAUGGAAGCUUAACCCUUUGUUAUUUUCUUCUGCGAAAUAUUCAUAUGGCAAUUGAAACCUCCCCAGUAAUUCAUGGAAGUGGCCGACAAAGUACACUUAAAGUUGUCUUCUUUUGUCUCAUCCAGCCACUUCUAAUGUAUCAAUUAACCCGAAAUUUUGUUGCUUGAGUAAAUCAUUAACCAACAACAAAUGAACAA